UAAAUAAACCUGAAAAUUUUACUGUCGCCAGAUUAAAUUUAGAAGCAAACAACUGAUAUACAAUGUAUAUAAAACAGGUUAUUAUUCAAGGGUUUAGAAGCUAUAGGGAACAGACUGUGGUUGAACCUUUCAGCAGUAAACAUAAUGUGAUAGUUGGAAGAAAUGGAUCUGGGAAAAGUAAUUUUUUCUAUGCAAUACAGUUUGUAUUGUCAGAUGAAUUCAGUCAUCUUCGACCAGAGCAGAGACAGGCAUUGCUACAUGAGGGAACAGGUCCAAGAGUGAUCUCAGCAUUUGUUGAAGUGAUUUUCGAUAACUCUGACAACCGUAUACCUAUUGACAAGUAUGAGGUUGUGCUAAGAAGAGUGAUCGGAUCAAAGAAAGACCAAUAUUUUCUUGACAAGAAAAUGGUUACCAAAGGGGAUGUUAUGAACUUGUUGGAAAGUGCUGGAUUCUCAAGAAGUAAUCCAUACUACAUAGUCAAACAAGGAAAGAUUAAUCAGAUGGCCACAGCCCCAGAUUCACAAAGGUUGAAGUUAUUACGGGAAGUAGCUGGAACCAAAGUUUAUGAUGAAAGAAAAGAAGAAAGUAAAGAUAUUCUCAGAGAAACAGAGGGUAAAAGGGAGAAGAUCAACGAUUUGCUCAAGUAUAUUGAGGAAAGAUUGGCCACUUUAGAAAAUGAAAAAGAAGAACUUAAAGAAUAUCAAAAAUGGGAUAAAAUGAGGCGAUCACUGGAGUACACAAUUCAUGAUCAUGAAUUAAGAGACACAAAGAAGAAAUUGGAUGAAUUACAGGAAAAGAGAGACAACAGUGGUGCUCAGUCUCAAAAGUUCCGAGAUCUCCAGCAAGCAGCUAAUGAUAAAGUGAAGUCUAUCAAUAAAGAUUUAAGAGAUUUGAAGACACGUAUGCAGACAGUGUUUGAUGAGAAAGAGCAGCUUCAAACAGAGAACCAGGAACUCACAAAACAGAAAGCUAAACUUGAGCUUUUGAUUAAAGAUAUUCAAGAUGAUUUAGAGGGAGAUGCCAAAGCUAAGAAAAAGUUGGAAGAGGAUCUGAGAAAGGUGAAUGAAAAGAUUGCAAAGACACAGACAUCAUUGGAGAAUAUAACACCACAGUAUGAAUCUCUGAGAGACAGGGAAGAGGAGUGUACACAACAGUUGCAAGCUGCAGAACAGAGAAGGAAAGAACUGUAUGCUAAACAAGGACGUGGAAAUCAAUUUACAUCUAGAGAGGACCGAGAUACCUGGAUCAAGAAUGAACUGAAGUCUCUCAACAAAGCAAUUAAAGAUAAAGAGGAGCAGAUACGGAAGCUGACAGAAGACACUGGUCAAGAGGAGAAGAGAAAGGACAUGUUAGAGACUAGAAUUACAGAAAUCAACCAGAAAGUGGAACAGCAUAAAGAAAUUAUAGAUACCAACAACAGAAGCUACAAUGAAAUGAAGGCAAAGAAAGAUGAGCUACAAAAUGAAAGGAGUGCAUUGUGGCGGGAGGAGAAUGCAUUGCAGCAGACUUUAGUCUCCUUGAGAGAUGAACUUGGCAAAAAGGAGCAAGGACUUAGAUCAAUGACAGGAAAGGCAACAUUGAAUGGUAUCAACAGUGUCCAAAAAGUGUUACAGUCAUUUCGAGACCGUAAUGUAAAUCAUGAUCUCAUCAGUGGUUAUUAUGGAACACUCAUUGAAAUGUUUGAAUGUGACAAGACAUUCUUUACAUGUGUAGAGGUCACAGCAGGGGGAAGGUUAUUUCACCACAUUGUUGACAGUGAUCAGACUGGAACAGCAAUAUUGAAAGAGAUGAAUAGACAACACUUGCCAGGAGAGGUAACCUUCAUGCCUCUCAACAGAUUGGAUAACAGGGAUACAGUCUACCCAGAAACCAAUGAUGCAAUACCAAUGAUCAGCAAGCUUCGUUAUGAUGAUAAAUACGGUCCUGCUUUAAAACACGUCUUCUCUAAAACAUUGAUCUGUAGAAGUAUGGAAGUGGCCACACAGAUAGCUAGAACACAGAACCUUGAUUGUAUUACAUUAGAUGGGGAUCAGGUAUCAAGGAGAGGGGCACUCACUGGAGGCCACUAUGAUAACAGAAGGUCAAGGCUGGACCUUCACAAGUCGAAAGAAGAAUAUGCACAGAAGGUAGCAGAUCAAGAAAGGCAGUACAGUGAGCACAAGAGUAAGCUUGAAGAAAUAGAGGGUCAGAUCAACAAUCUUGUGUCUGAGAUGCAGAAGAUGGAGACAAGAAACAGCAAGAACAGGGAUAACUAUGAGAAAAUGAAGGCAGAUGUUCGACUGAUGACAGAGGAACUGAAAAACUUACAGAAGAGUCAGCCGGGCAAAGGGAAGAGUGUAGUAAACCUACAGAGCAGUUUGGAGGCUAUGAAAGGUACAGCCCUGUCACUGAAGGAGGAGUUGGGGACGGAUUUACUGUCACAACUCAGUGUUGAGGAUCAGGAAGAGAUGGACAAACUCAAUGAUCAGAUUAAAACUUUAACUCAACAGAACAAAGAUUCUCUGAAAGAAAGAAUUAAGCUAGAAGGUGAAAAGAACAAACUGGAGAACUUACUACAGAACAAUCUGAUGAAGAACCGUGAACGAAUUCUUGGUGAGAUGCAGGAAGAAGCUGUUAUGAACAGGAAGGAAAGGUUGACAUCUUCAGGCGAGGACCUUAGUAAGGUGGAUUCGAGACUUGCAGAAAUCAAAAGCUCUAUGAAAGAACUGGAAGACAAUUUAGAGAAACUGAACAAGGAGCAGAAAGAACUGCAGAAUAAUAUCGAAUAUUGGAGGGGUCAGGAGAAAGAGAUGCAGGAUAAACUUGGAGAAGAUUCUAAAGAACUAGAUAAAAUGACAAAUAAGCAAACUGUCCUUCUUAAAAAGAAAGAUGAGUGUAUGAAGAAGAUAAGAGAAUUAGGAUCUCUGCCUAGUGAUGCAUUUGAAAAGUACCAAAAUCUCGGCUCCAAACAGUUGUUCAAAAAGCUUGAUCAGUGUAAUGCUGAACUGAAGAAGUACAGUCAUGUGAACAAGAAAGCCCUUGAUCAGUUUGUCAACUUUACAGAACAGAAAUCAAAACUAAUCAAGAGAAAAGAGGAAUUAGAUAGGGCUCACACAUCCAUCAUUGAUCUGAUGAAUGCUCUCGACCAUAGGAAGUAUGAAGCUAUCCAGCUUACAUUUAAACAGGUGUCAAAGUACUUCAGUGAGAUCUUCAAGAAGUUGGCCCCAGAAGGUCAUGCUGUUCUUGUCAUGAAAAAAGGGGACACAGAUCAAGGGGGAGAUGAUGAAGAUGGUUCACAGUCUCAGGAAGUGCCACUUGUGGAACAGUUCACUGGCGUCGGAAUUAAGGUUUCAUUCAGUGGGAACAGAGCAGAGAUGAGAGACAUGCAGCAGUUAUCUGGUGGUCAAAAGUCUCUUGUAGCUCUUACACUCAUUUUUGCCAUCCAGAAAUGUGACCCUGCUCCAUUCUACUUGUUUGAUGAAAUAGACCAGGCUUUAGAUGCUCAACAUAGAAAAGCUGUUGCAGACAUGAUACAUGAGUUGUGUCAGGAUGCCCAGUUUAUUACUACAACAUUUAGACCUGAGCUGCUUGAACAUGCUGACAAAUUCUAUGGUGUUAAAUUUAGGAACAAGGUGAGUCACAUAGACUGUGUGAGUUAUGAGGAAGCACAGGAUUUUGUGGAAGAUGACACAACACAUGGUUAGAUUGUACCAACUCUUGUAUAGUUUGGUAGAAACUGUAGAAUACUUGCUGAUGUUUAUUACAGAUGUUGAAGUUACUAACAGAAAGUUUCAUUUUAUUCUCUCUAUAGGAAAUAAACUGCUAGAAGUUUUA